AUUCAUAAACAUGGCUACUUCAUGAUAGGGACUCAAUGUUACUCUUACAUGCCCGCUUGUCCUGUGAUGUUAUAUACCGGUAGUUGUAGGUAAAUAUUUGCGCCCAAAUAUCUCUUAAUAGUAAGCAGUCGAUUGUUAAUAGCUAUGUUUCAAGUUAUUGCUAGAAGUACCCCAGUAACACGGCUUCUUGCCUCCCGGGGAGGCGUGCUUGUGGAGGCUGUCAGAGGGAGGAAGUCCCGCACGGACCCAAAGGCCAAGUCCAAAUUAGGGCGCAUCAAAACACCCCCACCCGUUGAUCCUGUGGAGAUGGUGGUUCUUACGGAAAGAUUUAAAGAGUAUGACCUGAUCAUGAGGGCGCUAAGACUGGAGUUUAAGGAGGAGAUGCUGAGGAAGCGGUACGAGGAGGAGGUUGGCUCACUGGCAGAGGAGAGGGCAAAGCAGGAGGAGAAGGAGCAUCGAUCCCUCAUGGCCUGGAACCAGGAGGAGAACCUCCGCAUGCUCAAGAUCAGGGAACUGAGGGUCCAGAAAGAGAUGGAGGACGCUAAGCUGAAGAAAACAGAGGCAGCCAUUCUGAGGCAACAGGCCUUGGAAGACCUUGUGAAAGAGAAAGAAGAGGACAUCAUCCGGUUACAUGAGGAGGCCAAGACCUUCAUCACGCUGGAGAAUUUGGACCAGCGCAUCGACGAAGCCCUGGACAACCCCAAGAACUAUAACUUUGCUAUCGACAAAAAUGGGCGUGUGGUGAAAAGGACAGUGCUGCAGUGAGAGAUGGAGGGUGGCUGCAGUGGGAAGUGGCCCCCAGACACUAGUCUGGUGUCUGUUUUAAAUGUCCCCACUAUUGGUUAAGCUUAGCAUUGGAGGACUGGGAUGCCAAUCCUGGAUCUGUUGCUCAGGGAUAUUUUACCUCAGAGCUUGGAUAGAGGCCUCGGAGGGGGGUGGCAAGAUGUGAGCUUAUUUGACAUUGCAGCGAUCGACUGAUCUUCAAGUCCCAGAGUGCGUCACACAACAAUGCUGGACUUCAAGCCUGUAGUGCUAUCUGUCAAGUAAACCAUGUGAUUGCUCGUUUUUCGUUCUGUAAUAAAUUAUGAUGUAUACU